AGUUUGAUCUCCAUAGCAUCACAAUCUGUAAUCUGCUUCAUUCUAUUUUCAGAUCUUUUUUUUUGUCUUUUUUCAAUCUUGAUUGAAGAAAUAUGUUGGCUAUAUUCAAGAAAGAGUUGGUGAAACCACCUCAGGAGCUGAAUAGCCCAGCUUCAUUGGCUUCAUCAAGAAAGCCAAAGCUUGCUCCAGAGAUUCUCAAGGACUUUGAAUCUGCUAAUCCUUCUAAUCCUUCUAAUACUUUCUCAGUUAGCUUUGGGGAUGUUGCUUCUCUUGCUUAUAUUCCUCCACAAAAUCCUUACUCUAUUAACCAGAGGCUGUUCUGUGGAUUGAAUGACAUAUACUGCAUUUUCUUGGGAAGCUUGAACAACCUAUGCAGCCUCAAUAGACAGUAUGGGCUAUCAAAGGGCACCAACGAAGCCAUGUUGGUGAUUGAAGCUUACAGGACUCUACGUGAUCGUGGUCCAUACCCAGCCCACCAAGUCCUCAAGGAUCUUGAUGGCACUUUCGGAUUCGUCAUCUAUGACACCAAAGCUGGCCAUGUCUUUGCCGCCCUGGGUGCAAACGAAGGCGUGGGGCUGUUCUGGGGGAUUGCGGGCGAUGGAUCAGUGGUGAUAUCUGACAACUUGGAGAUCAUAAAAGGAAGCUGUGCCAAGUCAUUUGCACCAUUUCCAUCAGGGUGCAUGUUCCAUAGCGAACAAGGGUUGAUGAGCUUUGAACAUCCAAUGAGCAAAAUGAAGGCAAUGCCUAGAAUUGAUAGUGAGGGGGCAAUGUGUGGAGCCAACUUCAAGGCUGAUAAUAAAUCCAGGAUUAGCAGCAUGCCUCGUGUUGGCAGUGAAGCCAACUGGGCUUUGUGGGGUUCGCAAGCCUAACUGCCCAAGCCUUCAUAGCUUGGGGAUAAAAAAUCCUAACUGUUAAUAUUGUGCGUGUGCAACCUCCCCAGUCAUUUGUUGUUUUUUUUUUCUUUUUAAAAUUUAUUUUCAGUGCUUUGUUUGUAUUUUCUUUGUUAGGACUUGAUAACUCGGUGUUUAUCUUGGUGUCUCACUCAAUGAACAAGAGAAUCCUGCAUUGUAGAUAUAGAAUUUGAUUUCCAGUA